GCCGUCUGGACCCGCCGGCCGUGCCGGGGGUGCUGAGCCGCUGCGGACCCCCCUGCCGGGAGCGGCAUCGCCGUGCCCAUCCUCACUCGCCAUCCCGCUCAUCCCAUCGCCAUCCGCGCCCCGCGGCUCGAGCGGCGCCGCCGGCGCGGCCCCUCCGCGGUGAUGUCAUGAGCCACCGGGGCGGUGGUUGGAGCCACCGCCGAGCGGGGACGAGCGGCCGCGGCCGGGGGGGCUGCGCUGGACCCCCCUGAGCCCCCGCUGAGCCCCCGCUGAGCCCCCGCUGGGCCCCGCCGACCCCCCCGGCCCCCUCCCGAGCCCCCGCAGGACCCGGCGGCGGCCGCGGCCAUUUGCCGUGUCCGGCCGCGCUGACCCGCUGCUCCGUCUGCUCCCGCUCCUCCGCCGCGAUGAGACAGGCCCCGGCCACCCGCAAGACCAGCACCCGCCGGCCCAAGCCCACCCGCACCCCCACAUCGUCCGGCGGGGCCGGGCCCUCGGGGUCAGCCUCGGCCUCGGGGGGGGAGAUGAGCAGCAGCGAGCCCGGGACCCCCGCCCAGACCCCACUGGUGGCCCCCGUGAUCCCCACGCCCGGCCUGCCCUCCCCGGGGGCACCCCCCGUGCCCUCGCCCACCAAGGAGGAGGAGAAUCUCCGUGCCCAGGUCAGGGACCUGGAGGAGAAGCUGGAGACACUGAAGAUCAAACGGAAUGAGGACAAGGCAAAGCUCAAAGAGCUGGAGAAGUACAAGAUCCAGCUGGAGCAGGUGCAGGAAUGGAAGAGCAAGAUGCAGGAGCAGCAGGCCGACCUCCAGAAGCGCCUGAAGGAGGCCAAGAAGGAGGCCAAGGAUGCCCUGGAGGCCAAGGAGCGGUACAUGGAGGAGAUGGCGGACACGGCCGACGCCAUCGAGAUGGCCACGCUGGACAAGGAGAUGGCCGAGGAACGCGCCGAGUCCCUGCAGCAGGAGGUGGACUCCCUCAAGGAGAAGGUGGAAUAUCUCACCAUGGACCUGGAGAUCCUCAAGCACGAGAUCGAGGAGAAAGGCUCUGAUGGAGCAGCAUCCAGCUACCAGGUCAAACAGCUGGAGGAGCAGAACGCCCGGCUCAAGGAGGCUCUGGUCAGGAUGAGGGACCUGUCGGCCUCGGAGAAGCAGGAGCACGUGAAGCUGCAGAAGCAGAUGGAGAAGAAGAACACGGAGCUGGAGUCGCUGCGGCAGCAGCGGGAGAAGCUGCAGGAGGAGGUGAAGCAGGCGGAGAAGACGGUGGAUGAGCUGAAGGAGCAGGUGGAUGCAGCUCUGGGUGCCGAGGAGAUGGUGGAGACUCUGACGGAGAGAAACCUGGACCUGGAGGAGAAGGUCCGGGAGCUGCGUGAGACCGUCGGGGACCUGGAGGCCAUGAACGAGAUGAACGACGAGCUGCAGGAGAACGCGCGGGAGACGGAGCUGGAGCUGCGGGAGCAGCUGGACAUGGCCACGGGCCGCGUGAGGGAGGCUGAGAAGCGCGUGGAGGCGGCGCAGGAGACCGUGGCCGACUACCAGCAGACCAUCAAGAAGUACCGGGAGCUCACGGCUCACCUCCAGGACGUGAACCGGGAGCUCAUGAGCCAGCAGGAAGCGUCUGCGGAGAAGCAGCAGCAGCCGCCCCCCGAGAUGUUCGACUUCAAGAUCAAGUUUGCAGAGACAAAAGCCCACGCCAAGGCCAUCGAGAUGGAGCUGCGGCAGAUGGAAGUGCAGCAGGCGAACCGCCACGUGUCCCUCCUCACCUCCUUCAUGCCUGACAGCUUCCUGCGGCACGGCGGGGACCACGACUGCGUCCUGGUGCUGCUGCUCAUCCCCCGCCUCAUCUGCAAGGCGGAGCUGAUCAGCAAACAGGCCCAGGAGAGGUUCGAGCUGAGCGAGAGCUGCGCGGAGCGCGCGGGGCUGCGCGGGGCCGCGGGGGAGCAGCUCAGCUUCGCCGCCGGGCUCGUGUACUCCCUGAGCCUGCUCCAGGCCACGCUCCACAAAUACGAGCAGGCCCUCAACAAGUGCAGUGUGGAGGUGUACAAGAAGGUGGGGACCCUGUACCCCGAGAUGAGUGUCCAUGAGCGCUCCCUGGACUUCCUGAUCGAGCUGCUCCACAAGGACCAGCUGGACGAGACCGUCAAUGUGGAGCCGCUCACCAAAGCCAUCAAGUACUACCAGCACCUGUACAGCAUCCACCUGGCUGACCAGGCUGAGGACUGCACCCUGCAGCUGGCUGACCACAUCAAGUUCACCCAGAGUGCCUUGGACUGCAUGGGGGUGGAGGUGUGUCGGCUCCGGGCCUUCCUCCAGGCCGGGCAGGAGGCAGCAGACCUGGCCAUCCUGCUCAAGGACCUGGAGACAUCCUGCAGUGACAUCCGCCAGUUCUGCAAGAAGAUCCGUCGCCGGAUGCCGGGCACGGAUGCGCCGGGAAUCCCCGCGGCCCUGGGCUUUGGAACACAGGUGUCGGACACGCUGCUGGAGUGCCGCAAGCACCUGACCUGGGUGGUGGCCGUGCUGCAGGAGGUGGCAGCAGCCGGGGCCCAGCUCAUCGCGCCCCUGGCCGAGACCGAGGGGCUGCCGGCCCCGCGCCUGGAGGAGCUGGCCUUCAAAGUCAGCGAGCAGAUCUAUGGCUCGCCGGGGAUCAAUCCCUACGAGUGCCUGAGGCAGUCCUGCAGCAUCCUCAUGGCCACCAUGAACAAGAUGGCCACGGCCAUGCAGGAGGGCGAGUACGACGCCGACCGCCCACAGAACAAGCCCACGCCCCCGGCAGAGCUCCGGGCGGCCGCGCUCCGGGCGGAGAUCACGGACGCCGAGGGGCUGGGGCUGAAGCUGGAGGACAGGGAGACGGUCAUCAAGGAGCUGAAGAAGUCCCUUAAGAUCAAG